AAAACAAACAUUAUUAAUCAGGUAUUAUUUUAUCAUAAUAAGAUGCAGUCCAAAUGUACAUCACCAGCAGUCGAAUCAUUUACAACACGCAUGCGCGGGAACUGUGCAGAACCCUUUUAAAAAAAAAAGUUAAAACUCCCUUAAAUACGGUUGUGUUGAUGCGUCAUUGCAACACUGAACAUCUCGAAAACAUCUCCUAUUUAUUUGAAUUUGCGUCAGAGAUGUAAGGCUCUUCUGUGAGAGCGCUGGUAUUACCUUAAAAUCUGAGAGCCUCCCAUUGGCACACUCUUUAUGACCGAGUACAAUCGGAAUAUUCUUCAACACGGAAGUGAUCACUCCUGUUUACCGAUCACGGCUGUGAACGCUGCGCAUGCAUGUCAGUUUUUGAAUGUUUAUUUGCGUGUGUUUUAUAUGCCUAUGAGUGUUUUCCAAAGAUAGUUAAGAGCGUUCAUUUGCCUCCGAGUCUAUCCCGCUGCGGUAUGGCGGCAGCUGCGUCAGAAGGACCGGAGGAGCGGGGCCGGAGCAGCGUCUCACCGGGAGCGUGGACAGGUGACGGGGAACCUGAGGAGGCCGAGGAGUUUACCUGUUCGGCCUACUGCUCGGAGCUCUCCCGGCGGCAGAACGAGCAGAGGAGGGCGGGACUGUUCUGCGACGUGACGCUGGUGUUUAGCUGCGGCGGGGUGUCCCAGGAGAGGGUCCAAAUCUUCACUGCCCAUCGCUCCGUGUUGUCGGCGGCGUCGCAGUACUUCGCGCUGCUGCUGAGCGGACAGUUUUCAGAGUCCGUGUCCAGACGCGUGGAGCUCAAAGAGUGGAGCUCCACGACGGGACCAGACCCUGAUACAGUGGAGAGGGUCAUACAGUUCAUGUACACAGGAGAAAUCAGGGUAACCACUGCCAACGUGGAUGAAGUGUUGGAACUUGCGGACAGGUUCCUGUUGGCCCAGCUGAAGAACUUCUGCGGAGAGUUUCUCAUGAAGAAGUUGAGCUUGUCAAACUGUGUCGCUGUGCACAGCCUCGCUGACAUGUACACCCUGGACCAGUUGGCCAAGGGAGCCGCCAAGACAAUCCGUCGAAACUUCCACAAAGUGAUCCGCAACGAGGAAUUUUUAAUGCUUCCGUUUCACCUGGUGCGGGACUGGCUGUCAGACUCAGAAAUUACUGUGGACUCGGAGGAGGAGUUGUUUGAGGCCAUCGUGAACUGGGUGCACCACAAUACGGGGGAGCGAGAGAAGCACUUUGAGGAGCUGUUCAGGCUCUUGCGGCUGUCUCUGAUCGCUCCCACCUACCUGACUCGGGAAGUGAGAAAGGAACUGUUAGUGGCAAACAAUCCGGCUUGUUGUCAGCUAGUGUGCGAUGCUCUUGAGGUUCUCGCGGUACGCUUCAUGAGCAACAAACCGGCUAGCCUCGAGCUGGUUUCCUCCUUUAUGGCAGAUAUCCAGCCACGUUUUGGCCAGAACAUGGAUGUCAUUAUGGUAGUGGGUGGUGUUUCUGAGGGCGGAGACUAUUUGAGCGAGUGUGUGGGCUACCUUGUUGCUGAGGACCGUUGGGUGAACCUGCCGCACAUUCACAACCACCUGGAUGGACACGCCAUCACCGUCACGGACAGCCAUGUGUACGUGGCAGGAUCCAUGGAGCCAGGUUUUGCGAAAACGGUGGAGCGCUACAACCCCAAUCUUAACACCUGGGAGCAGUUCAGCAGCCUGACCACACGCAAACACUCCUUUGGCCUCACAUGUGUCAAAGAUGUCCUUUACAGCAUCGGCGGUCAUGGCAACUUCAGCCCAGGCUUCAAGGAUGUAACUGUGUACUCACCUGAGCAGGAUGAGUGGCACAACCUGGAACCAGCACCAAAAAUACUCAGGGACGUAAAAACAGUGAGCGUGGAGGAUCGCUACAUUUAUGUGAUGGCCAGGACCCCUGUAGAUGUGGAUAAUGAGGAUGGACUGAGCACAGUGACCGCCUGUUAUGACACAGAGAGUCACAAGUGGCAGGACGUGGUGUCCUUACCGCUCAUCGAUAACUACUGUACUUUUCAAAUGGCUGUUGCGUCCACCAACUUCUACCACACAGCGUCCUGCUGCGCUAAGAGCUACAAGCUAACAGGAGAGGCCGCUCAGCAGAAAAUAGACAGAAACAUCUCUGACGACAUCCUCGACAGCCUCCCUCCAGAGGUCCUCACCAUCGAAGGCGCGGCGAUCUGCUACCUGGACGAAGACAUCUUCAUCAUUGGAGGGUGGAGGAACAGUCACAACAUGGACAAGCAGUACCGCAAAGAGGCCUACCGUUACUGUGCAAAGAGGAAGCGCUGGAUGCUGCUCCCGCCCUUACCUGAGCCGCGCUGUAGGGCAGCAGCUUGCCAUAUUCGGAUCCCAUAUCGAUAUCUGUACGGUUGUCAGCAGUACCCCAUGCCGCAGAACCUGGCACGUCAGAGAGAACGCAUGCAGCAGAUGCAGCAGCUCCACCGCCGCACCCUCACUCUGCGCAGACAGCUGCAGUCUCAAAUCGAAUGCUGAGAUCAGCAUUGUCUUUACGCACUUAAUCUGCAAAUUGCCUUUUAGUUGUUACAGUUUUACCUUAAUUGAUUUCUUGCUUUUACUGAGGUGAAAUGUCUGCAUGAGUUUGCCUGAUAAAGAGAUCAAAUAUUAUUUUGUUUGAUUGAUCAGCAAAAACAACGGAGACACUUCAUAAUAAUAAGCUGUUCAUUGUCUUUUUUGGUCUUACAUUAUCAGCUGAUGCCUUAUUUUCAUUCUGCUCCUGAAUGCUUGUGUGCUGCUGUUACAUUUCUGACGAGAUUGUUGCUUUUGUUGCUAGGUAACUAUGUUAAGCUUGUAUUUGUAUGGGGAAAUGAUGUCAACAUACAGUUGUAAUACAACUGUAAAAGUUAUCAAUAUCAUUUUUUUGUUCACUUGAUUUGAGUGUUGAAACCUAGAAAAACUAUAUGAUGUUACAAUGAUGUCAGUAAGAAGAAGUGAAAAACUUAAUGUAGUAAAUAAAAAAGCAGUUAUAAAAACUCAAUGUAGAAAUAUAUAUUAGCUUUAAUUUUUUACUUUUCUUGCUACCUGCUUCUGUUCUACCUCCUAUUUCCUUCCUGAUUAUGCCUUUUUUUUUUGCACCGUAGGGAUUGAAAUGUGUACAUACAUAUGUGUUUAAUGUGUGUAUGUGGUGUGCAUGCAGUCGCUCCUGACAAAGGCAAUCAUUUAGCAGAAUGUUUGUAGAAGAAUUAAGUAUAAAGCAGAGCACAUAUUGAGGAACAGGUUGUGCAGUGAUUAUUUUCCCCCUGUUUCCUCUUGUUUAAAGCAAAGAUUGUUUGAUAUAAUGUUGCACUAAAAUGGAUGUCACCGAAUGUACAAAACUAUUUUUACCAUUCCAGAGGUGUGUGUUAAUGGGUAUGAGUUAUUUCUUAAACAAUAUGUCUGAUGGUGAACAGGGGGAAUUGAUUUCCCAGGCUGUUGUAUUAUGAAUUCCAACAUAAUGAAUACCAGAUCAUCUUUAAAGGAGAAGUCCUGUUUCUAGUUUAACUGUAGUAUCUAGCUUGAUUUGGUAUGUUGUUAGACUAGGGCAUAUGUGAAACAUAUUCAACCAGGAAGCUAAUGUGUUUUUUUGCAUGGUUCUCUCAAUAUUCUUAAAUGUGCCAUACAAUCCUAUCUGCCCCUUUAUUGAUGCAGUAACUAAAUGAAUGCAUUUCUUGCACUAAAUGACCUGGAAUCCUUGUAUCGUGUUGCUUCUUUUGAGUACAAUGAUCUAAAUCAAAAGUGUUGUGUGGACCAGUUGCUGAGUUGAGUGUCUUUCUGUGCAGCUGUUGAAAUUGCUUAAGUCUUGAUUAUUCCCGUCCAAGCUGUUUAAAAGUAUCAAAUCUUUAGUUUCCAAGCAUUUUUCCACUCACAUAAAUUAAACAAUGUGAGAGGUUUUUGUUGCUGAAUGGAAAUGUUAUCAUUUGAUGAUUUUUGAGUUGAGCUGUUUCAUGCUUCAGGGUUAUUUUAAGCUAAUUAAAGGUUAUGAGUACCACGUGAAAACCACAGGAAUACAGGGGAAGUCAAGCAGAGUAGAUUGAGAGAUUGAUUAAAGUAAUUAUCAGAAGUAUAUCCAUUUCACUUUGUAGGUUUGGUUUCCAGCGCUGAUUGUUGUUCUUAUUUGAUUAUCAAAGGGAUUACAUUGGGAUGAAAUUUAAUUUUCCAGAUGUUGUCAAAUAUUCCGACAAUAUGCUGACAAUCCUUAACACAUGUUACCAUUCCAUUUGUAUAUGCAAAGGCUGCAAGUGUGCAAACAAAUGCAAUAAUGAUUAAAAAAACAAGUGUGUCUUCUCUUGAA